AACAAUUCCCCAUUUCUGACCGCCCUUACUUCUGAAGCCGAUAUCUAUCUUCUGCAUGAUAAUAUCACUCCGUGGCAAACUUCUGAUACCCAGUGUUUAUUUACACUGUGAUUCCUAAGUCUCCACCUAAUUUUGUUAUCUGUCGCCUCUAUCUGUUAUCCACAAAUCCACAAGUGAAUCCGUCGCGACUAGUCCAAACAGACGACUGUCCUUAAAUCCAGCACUGGCCACCGACGGCCCAUCUUCCCCAUAUUUCGCCAAAGAAGAAAGCAGAGCCUCGAUCCCCUAAUCUGCGACGGCGAACUUUCGAACUUGCCUCCUGGAGAAUCUUCGCGAGAGCGUCGACCACGUCGCACCUUCCUCUUACGCUCCUCCUCCAUCGUCGCUUCCUUAAUAACAACAACAACCUCCACAACUUCCCCACGACCCACCCCCUGUGGAUUCCCUCCGCGCGAAAUCACCAACAAUGGAGAAGUCGCAAUCCACCCUCUACGUCGACGACGUCGACCAGGCCACAGAAUCCUUCUACAUCCCCUCCCACACCGACUCGGGUACCGGCGCGUACUCACAUGCAUACCCACCUGCCAUCCGUCGCCAACGCCUACGCUCUCUCCCCCUCGGCCUCGGAGACGAUGUAGCCGACCUCUUCCGCCGCUCCAUGCACCUCGGCCCCUCCUCGCAAGACACCUUUAUCGAGCGAGAGGACAAGGACAAGGGCAAGUCUUCCUCCUCCUCCACCACCGCCGCCGCGCCAACCGCAACCCUCAAACCCCCAAAGCCAGAAACCCGCAUCCGUGGCCUCAUCCGCCGCGCCUCCGUCUCCCUUCUCAACCACGCGAAGCCAAAGCCGCGUCGCGCCUCACACUCGCACGCCGACAUGCCUUUCGAAUCCGCAGGCGCGCGCCCCACGACCUCGGCGGGCGCGGCGUGGCAUAAACUGAAGAGCGCGGCGAGCUUUAGACAUACGAGGGCGGAGACGGUGGGGUAUGGGUAUAGGGGACAUCAUGAGGCGCUUCGGGCGUUUGAUGAUGUUGAUGAGCCUAUUCCUGGGCGGGGGAAUGCGCCUCCUAUUAUACCGAGGAGGGGUGGUGGGGAGGCGGCGAGGGCGACGGCGGCGGCGCAGAAUGAGAUGUUGAGACGUAGGCAGAUUGAGAAGGAGGUGUAUUUGGAUUGUGAGAGUGCAGUUGAGUUGGCGUUGCCGCUGUAUGGUUUGCAGCAGCGCGAUGUGGAGGAAGAUGCUAUUGUGCGGAUUGAUUUCGUGGGAAGUCUGCCGGAGGAGUUGGCGGUGCAUAUUCUGUCGAUGCUGGAUCAUAGGGGACUGGCUCAGGCGUCGGAAGUGUCGAAGAGAUGGUAUCAGGUGGCUAAUACCAACUACGUGUGGAAGGAGUCCUUCUAUCGCGACAACUCGACUACGUUUGCCAUGGGCAAACCAGUGAAACCUGGGACUGGCCUUGGUCUUCCGCCGACGCUACCAGAGAAGGAAUGGAAGCAGGUGUACAAGGCGCGCCAGCAGCUGGAACGAAACUGGCGCGAGGGCGAGGCCUUAGCUGUCUACCUCCACGGGCACACCGACAGUAUCUAUUGCGUCCAAUUCGAUGAACACAAAAUCAUCACCGGCUCCCGCGACAAAACCUUCCGCGUCUGGGACAUCCACACCUACAAAUGCCUCCUCGUCGUCGGCCCCCCCGCCAUCACCUCCUCACCCACCCUCCUCACCACCGCCACCGGCGCCCCAACCCACUACGCCGAAGUCUCCGCCCCCCAACCCUCCACGGGCGUCCAAUCCCUCUCCCCCUACACCACCGGGCACAGCACACCCCCCACCCUCUCCUACGCCACCCACCAUGACGCCUCCAUCCUCUGCCUCCAAUACGACGCCUCCAUCCUCGUCACCGGCUCCUCGGACGGGACCUGCAUCAUCCACUCCAUCGCCGACUCCUACCGUCCCAUCCGCCGCCUCCAGCACCACAGCGCCGCGGUGCUGAACCUGGCGUUCGACGAUAAAUACAUCGUCACCUGCUCCAAAGACUGCACCAUCGCCGUCUUCCACCGCGACACCGGCGCGCUCCAUCGCCAUCUACAUGGACACACUGGCCCUGUUAACGCGGUGCAGCUGCGCGAUAAUGUAGUGGUGAGCUGCAGUGGCGAUUUCAGCGUCAGGCUGUGGAAUAUCGAGACCGGCCGCUGCAUCCGCGAAUUCGCCGGUCACACCAAGGGCCUGGCCUGCUCGCAACUCAGCGAUGACGGACGCCUCAUCGCCUCAGCUGGUAACGACCAAGUCAUCCGCAUCUGGGACGCACACACCGGCGACUGCAUCCGCACCAUCGACGCGCACGAACUCCUCGUGCGAUCCCUGCACAUCGAUUCCGUCUCCGGGCGUCUCAUAAGCGGGAGCUACGACCACGGUAUCAAGGUGUUUGAUCUCGCGACUGGCGGGCUGCUGCUGGAUUUCCCGAAGUGGCAUGCUAGUUGGGUACUGGGGGCUAGGGGGGAUUAUAGGAGGAUUGUGAGUACGGGACAGAUUCCGAGGGUGUUGAUUAUGGAUUUUGGGGGGGGAGUGGAGGGGGUGGAUAUGUUGGAGAGUGGAGCGCUGGUGGCGGAGGGGGAGGGGGCGAGAGAGGAGGUGGAUGCGUGGGUUAAGAGGGAUGAGGUGGAGAGGGAGGGGGGGUGGAGGGUGGAGUGUUGCUGAGUCUUGUUUUUGUUGAGUUUUGUGGUUUCUGUACGGAGUUGUUGGUGCUUUUGGGAGUUGGAGAAUGGGGGAUAGGUGUGUCUUUUUUUGGUGGUGGUGGGGGAGCAAGAGGCGUUUAAGGGGUGAUUUAGUGUUAUAUGGGUGAUCAGGUUAGCGGGAGUUUUUUGCUUUUACUUUUAUUUUUUGUAUUUCUUUUCUAUCCUUUUUUCGUCUUCUAUCUACCUCUCGAGAGACCUGGUGGCCUGGGAUUUUAUGGCUCAGGGACUGGGGAGGGGGUUACAGAUAGAGGUCUUGCAUGGCGUGGCUUAGCAUCACAGACGGCAUAUAGCGCGAGGCGUGCGCGGGUUAUAGACAAAACAGAUAACAGACAGAGGCAGAGAUACAGACAUACAGACAAAAUGAACAGACAGACAAGACAGACAGACAGAUAGACAGAGCCUAAACAAUACAAAAGACACUGGUACAUC